GGUUAGGAGUUCGGCGGGCUAUUACGUCAGCGCGCGGCCGCAGAGCCGUCGACGAGCAGUAUCCCGGAGUCGCCGUUCGCUACGAGGCGCAGAGAUCGGCUCUGUUCUACUCCGUUCGCCGUCGGUGUGGGAUUGGAGGUCAAGCUUGGCGUCUGUCUUCGUCGUCGCACCGGAGUUGGUGGCGCGGGAGGAACACUGCGCCGGCGCCGUCCGGUGUGCACCCGUUGUGAUGCUGUCGGUCGUCUCCACGGAACGACUGCUGACUGCCCUGGAGAGGGCUCGUCGAGAUGUCGUCUUGCACGUCUUCUCCGCCGUCUGCCUGCUGAUUCUUUGGCGAUGCCUGCCGCCAGAUGCAAGGUUCCUGCUCGGCUGGGUCGGUACGAUCCUGACCUUCGGAGCUCUGACCUUGGCCGUGGCCUGGCUUUUAGAGAGGUUCCUGCCCAACCCAAAGUUAGAUCCCACGGGGAAGGCGGUGCUCAUCACCGGCUGCGACCGUGGGUUCGGUGAGCUCCUUGCUCGGCGUCUGGACUCGGACGGAUUCAAGGUCUUCGCCGGCUGCCUCUUCCCGGAAUCUGUCGAAGCACGAGCGCUCGAAGAACGGAGCGUGUCGGGCCUCCGCGUCAUCCCACUCGACGUCACCAAGGACCAGCAGGUGACGGACGCAGUCCAGGAGCUGGAACGCAUGCUGGGCAAACAUCACCUAUGGGCAGUCGUGUGCAACGCCGGCGUGAACCUGUUCCUAGAGUUCGAAUGGAUGAGUCAGCGAGACGUGUCCUGGAUGUUCGAUGUCAACGUCCAUGGAACGGUACGAGUGGUGCGCGCUUUCCUUCCGCUCCUCCGACGGUCCAGGGGUAGGCUCGUCCUCGUGUCCAGCUACGCAGGUCGUGUGGCCCCCAUGUGGAUAGUUCCGUACGCCAUGACCAAAGCGGCCAUCAUUGCUCUAGCCGACGGCCUGAGUCGAGAACUGGCCAAGUGGAAGAUCUCUGUGUCAACCAUCGAACCUACCUACUAUCUAACCGACAUCAACCCCCGGACAGAAGAACACAUGUUCGGCAAGUUCGCAGAGCUGCCGGAGUCUGUGCGCGUUGCGUACAGCGAGUUUUACGCGCGGGAUCGUUGCUCCGGAAUUGUCCGCUUCCUGAAGCGGAUCUCCCGGACAGACCUGUCUGAGGUUGUGGACGCCAUGACAGACGCCGUGUCAAGAACGAGGUCCAAACGCUACUAUCGCUGCGACGGCACAGUGUCUUGGUGUCUGACCCUGCUGUUCUUUAGCUUACCCAGCUUCUUCGCGGACGUGGCGGUAGCCAUGACGUGGGGCUCCAGUUACAGCCCUGACCGAAAAGGCGUGCUUAAAAGAACCGGAGGACACACAGGCAAGGGGUCUUGACAGUUGCUGAUGUUUCUGUGAGUAUGUACAGUCUCGAACGAUAUGAAAGACUCAUUUGACGAGCCAGUUUCGGGCGACUGUGCUGGAUUCGCUUGGCCAGUC